GUUGCACCCGUGAGUCCGGCUGCUUCGGACGGUUCUUCAGCUGUAGUUUUGGUUACCGAUUUGUGAACACUUCUGGCAGUUGCAUGCUGGAAUUAUAGUGUAGUGAAGUGAGAUUUUUUGUUCGAAGAAACGAGAACAAGUUUAUUUUUUCAAAAUGAGUACCUGCUAUGGCUGCAAAGAGCAAAUCAAGGACAAAAUGUUGGAGGCCCUGAAUAAAUGUUGGCAUCCAGAACAUUUCGCCUGCAAGGAAUGCAAAAAGCGCAUCAUCGAGAACAAGUUCCACGAAAGUGAAGGUCUUCCGGUGUGUUCCAAAUGCUACGACUCCAAGUUCCAAGCGAUCUGUGCCGCGUGCAGAAAAAUGGUCACCGAGAAAGUAGUGAAGGCGAUGGGCAAAACCUGGCAUUUGGAACACUUUAUUUGCGGCGGACCCUGCAAGCAACAAUUGUCCGGCCAGACCUUUUUCGAACGCAACGGAAAGCCGUACUGCACGGCCGAUUACGAACGGUUGUACGCUCCGAAAUGCGGCGGUUGCAAGAAGGCUAUUGCAGAAAAGGCUCUGUCAGCACUGGAAGCCAAGUGGCACAAGGACUGCUUCAAGUGCAAGCUCUGCAAAGAACCGAUUGGCAUUGAUUCCAAGUUUCGGUCCGAUAAGGAUAAACAACCGAUUUGUGAGAAAUGUGGAAUCUAAGUUCCUAAGUGACAUCAUUGAAUAAAAUUUGGACACAAGCAUGAAUAAAUGAAUAAUAAUCCUC